CUUCCGGGUUCCAGCCCCUCUGGGGGAGGAGAAAGGGGCUGGGCCAUCCACAGCCCUCACGGCCUGGGACCUCAGUCAGACACCAAGGCCUGCAGCUAGCUGAGGCCUGCCAGGCCUUCAGAGCAGACACAGGGCAGAGGUUUGUGUCACCCAAGGCUCAGGCAAGCCAGAAAACCACAGGCAGCUCCAGGCCAGGAUGAGCAGCCCAGUGCACCGAGUGUCACUGGGGGAUACCUGGAGCAGGCACGAACACCCCGACAUAAAGAGCGAGAGGUUUCAGCGGUCCUUCAAUGUGGAACGGCUCACCAACGUCCUCGAUGGAGGUGCCCAGGAGACUGCCCUUCGGAGAAAAGUCGAGCGCAUCAUACAUGAUGACCCACAGCUUAACCUGAAGGAUAAUUAUUUCAUGACGCAGAAUGAACGUUACAAGGCCGCCAUUCAGAAGAAAGUCCAUGUCCAGAUGCUAGCCCAGCGCCUGGGCUGGCCAGAUGAUGGUCGGGAAUUACGUUAUGCUUACAGAGCCCUUUCUGGAGACCUAGCCUUAGUUAUACACAACGUCUUCCAGAAUGCCCUCAGGAGCCUGGGCUCAGAGGAGCAGAUUGCCAAAUGGGCCCCACUGUGCAAGAAGUUCCAGAUCCUCACAACGUACGCACAGACGGAACUGGGACAUGGAACAAAUCUUCAGGGCCUGGAGACUAUAGCCACCUACGAUGCAGCCACCCAGGAGUUUGUGGUGCACAGUCCCACGCUUACUGCCACCAAAUGGUGGCCUGGGGACCUGGGACGGUCAGCCACCCAUGCCCUGGUCCUGGCACAGCUGAUCUGCUCAGGAGCCCAGCAGGGCAUGCAUGCCUUUAUUGUGCCCAUCCGGAGCCUCCAGGACCACACCCCACUGCCAGGAAUCACCGUCGGAGACAUUGGGCCCAAGAUGAACUUUGAGCACACGGAUAACGGCUUCCUGCAACUGGACCACGUGCGGGUCCCCAGAGAGAACAUGCUGAGUCGCUUUGCACAGGUCUUGCCAGAUGGCACCUACAUCAAGCUUGGGACAAAACAGAGCAACUACCUGUCCAUGGUGGUGGUACGCGUGGAACUGCUGUCGGGUGAGGUCAUCCCCCUGCUGCAGAAGGCUUGUGUUAUCGCCAUUCGCUACUCAGUCAUACGUCGCCAGUCCCACCUACGGCCCGGCGACCCGGAGGCCAAAGUCCUGGACUACCAGACGCAGCAACAGAAACUCUUCCCUCAGCUGGCCUCAGCCUAUGCGUUCCAUUUCCUGGCGCAAAACCUUUUAGAAUUCUUCCACAACGCCUUCACAGCCAUUCUGGACAGAGACUUCAGCCUCCUGCCUGAGCUCCACGCGCUGAGCGCAGGGAUGAAGGCCACGAUAACAGAACUCAGCACCCAAGGGGCCGAAGUGUGUCGCAGGGCCUGCGGUGGACACGGCUACUCCAUGCUGAGUGGAUUGCCAUCACUAGUCACCAAAGUGACAGCCUCCUGCACCUACGAGGGUGAGAACACUGUGCUCUACUUGCAGGUGGCCAGGUUUCUGGUGAAGAACUAUCAGCAGGUUCAGGGAUCCCCAGGCUCCACAUCGCAGACAUCUCUCCCUAAGUCUGUCGCAUAUCUGGCCGCACCAGUCCUAGCCAGAUGCCCAGCCCAGAGGCCAGCUGACUUCCUCCAUCCGGAGCUCUACACCACAGCAUGGGCACACGUGGCAGCCAGGCUCAUCAAGGACUCAGUACACAAUUUACAGACUCGAAUACAAGCUGGGUUUGACGGGGUGGAGGCUUGGAAUCAAACCACUGUCAUACACCUCCAGGCUGCAAAGGCACACUGCUACUACAUCAUUGUGAAGAAUUUCACAGAAGCUCUGAAGAAACUAGAUGAACCACCAAUUCAGCAGGCACUCAAACGCCUCUGCGACCUCUAUGCUUUACAUGGGAUCCUGACUGCCUCAGGAGAUUUUCUCCAUGAUGGAUUUCUGUCUGGUGCCCAAGUAGAUAUGGCAAGAACAGCCUACUUGGACCUGCUCCCCCUCAUCCGGAAGGAUGCUAUCUUGUUAACUGAUGCUUUUGACUUCACUGAUAAGUGUUUAAAUUCAGCACUUGGCUGCUAUGACGGAAAUGUGUAUGAACGUCUGUUCCAUUGGGCUCAGAAGUCACCAACCAAUACUCAGGGAAACCCUGCCUAUGAGGAAUAUUUAAGACCACUAUUACAAAGUCAGAGAUCCAAGCUAUGAAAUAAUCAACAGCAUUCAAGAGGCACCACUAUGUGACAAUGGUACUAUGGCAUAUAUCAUUAAAUUUUAAAGUAUAAAUAUAUGUGUACAUUUUAAAGAGUCAUCUUUUAGAUAGUGUCUGAAGUAGAUAAGCUAUCCCGUGGUUUACUUCAAAAUAGAAUAUAUGGGAGGAAUAAAGUUGUUGUAAUUGGUUAGUGGGUACAUGGGUACACUACUCUACUUUUGAAUAAUUUGAAAUUUCCUAAAAUAAAGAACAUUGUCCAUUCAUAGCAUCUAUUCUGCCAGGAUUUUGCUUAGAUAUAGCAAAAACCAAACAACUAGUUAUUUUUUUAGCACAUAUUUAUACAAGGGUUUACAAAGAUACACACACACACACACACACACACACACGAAUGAUAUACACAUAUCCUCCUCAAGCAUGCCUAUUUUUGGUGUAAUCUAAAUAAAAUAUAGAGCCUAAAGUAAUCCAUUUUUUUAAAUCAACUCUCCCAUGUGAAAAUGAUUACUAACUUCAUAAAAACAGACAUAAUUACCCAAAUAUAAUCAAGCUAUAUUUUUUCAUACCACUUACAAUGGCCUUAGAUAAAACUCUGAAAUCAAAUGUUGUCACUAGACGGAUUAAAUUGUGAAAAAGUCUUAGCUGGCUACUUUUCCUAAUUUACUCAUAAAAAUAAAUAUUUAAUUGUUAAUAAGUAGCAAAUCUGAGAAAGUUUAUCAAAAGCAAACUUUUCCCAAUAAACUAGGCAAAGGAGAU